UCUGUGGCUUCGGGACGUACCAUUUUCCAGGAGUCUUUGCAGACCUCUAGCGCGCUGGAGACGGCCGUCCCCGUUUCCCGAGUGCGCGGGGAGAUUUUUUUUAUUUGGAAGGGUGGUGAGAAGUGAAGCAAAAAUACAUGUGUGGGGGCGCGCGGAUGCCUUAGAAGCCCUCGGUCAAAUGCCUGUUUUUCCUCUUCUGAAGAAGAGGAAUGCGGAGGAUGGGAAAGGGGUGCUGUGCCUCUGGGCCCGAUCCUGGGUGAUCUCAGAUGAGCUGGUCCAGGGCUCUUCGGCUGGCGUCCCUGCGUCUUCCCCAGACAGGGACGCGGAGGGAGGGGGCGGCGGGAUUUGCAUCGCCGAGACGUCGGACCGCGGGAGGGAAGAGUCCGUGUGGGUCAGGGUCAUUAUCUUCCCCUUGUCUCCCCACUCCCUCCGUACCCUUCUGCUGCCUGGAGGAGACGCCUCGUUGACGGAGCUGGAGAGGAGGGACGAAAACCGCUUCCUGGAGCGCCAGAGCAUCGUGCCGCUCCGGCUCCUCUACCGCUCGGGCGGCGACGACGAAACUGGACACGACGCGCUCGACACGCGGGUGCGGGGCCACGCCGCCGGCGGGCAGUUGACUCAUGUUGACCAGGCAAGCUUCCAGGUUGAUGCCUUUGGAACAUCCUUUAUUCUUGACAUCAUGCUAAACCAUGAUUUGCUGUCCUCUGAAUACAUAGAGAGACAUGUUGAACAUGGAGGGAAGACAGUGGAAGUUAAAGGAGGAGAACACUGCUACUACCAGGGCCACGUCCGAGGAAACCCUGAUUCAUUUGUUGCAUUGUCAACAUGCCAUGGACUUCAUGGGAUGUUCUAUGAUGGGAACCACACCUAUCUCAUUGAACCAGAAGAAAAUGACACCUCUCAAGAGGAUUUCCAUUUUCAUUCGGUUUACAAAUCCAGACUAUUUGAAUUUCCCUUGGAUGAUCUUCCAUCUGAAUUUCAACAAGUACACAUCACUCCACCAAAAUUUACUUUGAAGCCAAGACCAAAAAGAAGUAAACGGCAGCUUCGUCGACAUCCUCGUAACGUAGAGGAGGAGACCAAAUAUAUUGAGCUGAUGAUUGUGAAUGAUCAUCUAAUGUUCAAAAAACAUCGGCUUUCUGUUGUACACACCAAUACAUAUGCGAAAUCUGUGGUGAACAUGGCAGAUUUAAUAUAUAAAGACCAACUGAAGACAAGGAUAGUAUUGGUUGCCAUGGAAACCUGGGCAGCUGACAACAAGUUCGCCAUAUCUGAAAAUCCACUGAUCACGCUACGUGAGUUUAUGAAAUACAGGAGGGAUUUUAUCAAAGAGAAGAGUGAUGCAGUUCACCUUUUUUCGGGAAGUCAAUUUGAGAGUAGCCGGAGCGGGGCAGCUUAUAUUGGUGGGAUUUGCUCGUUGCUGAAAGGAGGAGGCGUGAAUGAAUUUGGGAAAACUGAUUUAAUGGCAGUUACACUUGCCCAGUCAUUAGCCCAUAAUAUUGGUAUUAUCUCAGACAAAAGAAAGUUAGCAAGUGGUGAGUGUAAAUGUGAGGACACGUGGUCUGGAUGCAUAAUGGGAGACACUGGGUAUUAUCUUCCUAAAAAGUUCACCCAGUGUAAUAUUGAAGAGUAUCAUGACUUUCUGAAUAGUGGAGGUGGUGCCUGCCUUUUCAACAAACCUUCUAAGCUUCUCGAUCCUCCUGAGUGUGGCAAUGGCUUCAUUGAAACUGGAGAAGAGUGUGAUUGUGGGACCCCGGCAGAGUGUGUCCUUGAAGGAGCAGAAUGUUGUAAGAAAUGCACCUUGACUCAAGAGUCUCAAUGCAGUGAUGGUCUUUGUUGUAAAAAGUGCAAGUUUCAGCCUAUGGGGACCGUGUGCCGAGAAGCGGUAAACGAUUGCGAUAUUCGUGAAACAUGCUCGGGAAAUUCAAGCCAGUGUGCCCCCAAUAUUCAUAAAAUGGAUGGAUAUUCAUGUGAUGGUAUUCAGGGGAUUUGCUUUGGAGGAAGAUGUAAAACCAGGGAUAGGCAAUGCAAAUACAUCUGGGGGCAAAAGGUAAUGGCAUCAGAUAAAUACUGCUAUGAGAAACUCAAUAUUGAAGGGACCGAGAAGGGUAACUGUGGGAAAGACAAAGACACGUGGAUACAGUGCAACAAACGGGAUGUGCUUUGUGGUUACCUUUUGUGCACCAAUAUUGGUAAUAUACCCAGACUUGGAGAACUUGAUGGUGAAAUCACAUCUACUUUAGUUGUGCAGCAGGGAAGGACAUUAAACUGCAGUGGUGGGCAUGUGAAGCUUGAAGAAGAUGUAGAUCUUGGCUAUGUGGAAGAUGGAACUCCUUGUGGUCCCCAAAUGAUGUGCUUAGAACACAGAUGUCUUCCGGUAGCUUCCUUCAACUUUAGUACUUGCUUAAGCAAUAAAGAAGGCACUGUUUGUUCAGGAAAUGGAAUUUGCAGUAAUGAGCUGAAGUGUGUUUGUAACAGACACUGGAUAGGUGCAGACUGUAGCACUUACUUCCCUCACAAUGAUGAUGCAAAGACUGGUAUAACUCUUUCUGGCAAUGGUGUUGCUGGUACCAAUAUCAUAAUAGGCAUAAUCGCUGGCACCAUUUUAGUGCUGGCCCUCAUAUUAGGAAUAACUGCAUGGGGUUAUAAAAAUUAUCGAGAACAGAGACAGUUACCCCAGGGAGAUUAUGUAAAAAAGCCUGGAGAUGGCGACUCUUUUUAUAGCGACAUUCCUCCCGGAGUCAGCACAAACUCAGCAUCUAGUUCUAAGAAGAGGUCUGCUUUUCUGUCGCAUUUUCAGAUUUCUACCUGUUCCAUCACACAUUAUUCCAUUAGUCAGAACAUUUCAUUAUUUUGCAGCAGGUCAAAUGGGCUUUCUCAUUCUUGGAGUGAAAGGAUUCCAGACACAAAACAUAUUUCAGACAUCUGUGAAAACGGACGACCUCGAAGUAACUCUUGGCAAGGUAACCUGGGAGGCAACAGAAAGAAAAUCAGAGGCAAAAGAUUUAGACCUCGGUCUAAUUCAACUGAGAGGGAGCCCCAAGCACCUGAGCCUGGGCACUCCCUCGCCCAGACAGUCCCAUCCCAAGGCAUAAGCCCAGGGGGCUCUGACAGCCCCCAGACAGGGAGUCUGGAUCACAGGUAUUUAAACCCAUGGUUCAAAAGAGACUAUAAUGUAGCUAAGUGGGUAGAAGAUGUGAAUAAAAACACUGAAGGACCAUACUUUAGGACUCUGUCUCCUGCCAAGUCUCCCUCUUCAUCAACUGGGUCUAUUGCCUCUAGCAGAAAAUACCCAUACCCAAUGCCACCACUUCCUGAUGAAGAAAAGAAAGUGAACCGACAAAGUGCCAGGCUAUGGGAGACAUCCAUUUAAGAUCAACUGUUUACAUGUGAUACAUCAAAACUGUUUACUUCAACUUUUAUAGAAACCCAGCCUCACGGAAUCACUGCAAAUCUAUCUGCUCUUCAGACAAUACAAAGACCCUCUGAGAUAACACAGAGGAGAGGAAGCCGAGUCUCACAUCUGGAUACCAUUUUCUUUUUGUCAUUGGCUUAGGAUUUAACCAAACCAUGAAAAGAACUACUGAAAUGUUACACUAAAACAUGGAACAAUAAAGGUACCGGUAUGUUAAUGGAUAAUCCGCAUGACAGAUAUAUGUAGAAAUAUCACUAAAAUUAACUCACAUGACCCAAAUGUAGCAAGUUUCCUAAGGGGUAAUAGUGGAUUCAGAACUGACAUUCUGAAGCACAUCCUCAUUGUAGACAGUAAUGCUAGUGCAUGAAGCUUCUGUUUAUUGCAAUUUCCACAUUUAAGGAAACAACAUCCCAUAAUAGAAACUAGCAUGCAGGGCUAAGGCAUACAGGAUUUUUCUGCAGGACUUUAAAGCUUUGAGAGGCCAAUAUCCCUUGUGUUAACUCUAAACAUGUAUCUUAUUUUUGUUUUGUUUUUUUACUUUUCAUAUUUAUAUCAGCAUACAAGGACAAUUGUACAUAUGUAAACAUUUUUAAAAUAAAAAAAAGCAGCUGUUACACACAAGUGUAUUUUGCCAAAUGCCUAAAAAUAGUCAGUCACAGUCACAUCAUCACCAUCCAUCAAGUGGUCUUUAAAGAUUAUAAGCAGAUGACAUUGUAAAUAUAGUGGUCAAUGCUAUAAAUGUGUCUCUCCAUAAUUGGUAUUCAUCCAAAACAUGUGAUACCCCUUUAAGCUGUGCACAGUCUGGAGGGAGUUUUAUUGAGUAAUUAAUUGAGCCAGGGAACAAAAUGCCCAGCCAAACUUGGGGCCUCCACAGCUUGCUGGAGCAGGAGUUGGUCCCUGCAACUGCUCUCUUGCCUCCAGGCAUUCAGAUGCUGAUGGCUGCUCCCUGGGAACUCCAGGCUACCCUUUGUCCCUUCUGGGGGCUAAGGUGCCUGCCCCAGCAGCUGUCAGCUUUCAGUACCAGAGCACUGCUAGUUUCACCCUGGAGGCCUGGGAGCCCCUCAGUAGCACAUCCUGAAAUGAAGCAAGUGCACCAAAGACACACGAGUCCAUGGGCCGCUGAUACAUUGUUAGCUUCCAACUUGCUAAGACUCUAACCCUUUGUGGCCUUUUUGUUAUUUUUUUGUUGUUCUUUGACAAUACUUUUUAGGCACCCUUACCUGUAAAAUGAAUGACUUGUUUUAAUAAAACCAACUUUACACUGUUCAUUAAGGAUACUUAUCAUCAGGAGGAUGUGAGUCUAACAGGUCAUUCUACCCUGAUGUGGAAGCAAGAUGGUGGAGGGUUCUACCAGCUGGGCUGGGAAGCCUCACCAGGCCACAGAGGGUUUGAAGAAACCUAAAGCCACAGGUGUGCGGCAGCUGUGAAACGUUACACAAACAGCUGGCAGGGAGGAGAACCUGUUGUUUUGAAUUCUUAUUUUUUUUUAAUACAGAGAAAAGUGAGAAAUUUAUGUUAAAGCUCCUUCUUAAAAACCAAAGUUUGAGGGCUGUUCUGAUGCAGCUCUGUCAUUCUAAAAGAAACUGGGGAGGCUACUCUCGCAAACUCAGAAAUUGAUGGGCUCAAUCGGAUGCUUUGAUUUUCCUCAUUUUCUCUCCUUUUUCUUGAGAGGAAUGGAAUCUGCAGAUAAGAUUUCAAAAAUAUCCUCUAAAUUUGAUCUCUCCCAGUAGUGUUUAUGGUCAAAAUCCAUUUCAUCUCCAUGUGUAGUCAUGUUAGACGCCCACAGUGAAGGACCAUGUUAGAGGCAGUGUUUUAUACUCUUAUGUAUUUACGUCGUCUGUAAUGGCCCUCUCUUCUGAAAGUCUUUUAAAAAUGUUUGAAAAGCAAUUUCAUCAUUCAAAGCUAUAAAGUGUAAACAUCAUUUUCUCAUGAUAGAAAGUGAUGUGAUAGUCGAUUCUACAAUAAAAUGAUCCAUCAGAUUAAGAUUUGGGUGAGUGUUGGGUAACCAUGCCACACAGCUCAAGUGAAGGUCAGGAGAGUAGACAGAUUUAAAAAUGUAGCAAACAAAGUGGCUUUUGACCAAGAUCACUUUAAUGUGCACUGAAUGUUUUCUGGUAUUGAGUGUAUAAAAAUGCUAAUGUUACAAGGUUUAUUUUGACUAUAAAAGAGUUUAUAGAUUUGAAUGUAAGGUACUUUGUGUAAAUAUGCUUCGUAGUUAUGGUUACACAAACCCUCAUUGGAAAGAAUUCACAAAUGGUGAGCUGCUUGCCACAGAUACCCUUUACCCCUCUUUCCUCACUUUCUCAGUUAUUUUUACAUAAAAUUAUUAUCCCACGUGAAAAUCAUUGUUACAUGUCUUUUGGAUGACCUGAGUGUUUAUAGUCAUUCUCCUUGAUAAUAACCUUCAUACGAAACCAAAUGAAAAGCAUAUGUUUUAUUUGCAGAGAGACUAUGAUUUUAUAGUAGCUUUAAUGUUUUCUUCUGGGUAUCUAAGAAUGUUUGAACAUUCUUACAGCCAUUUGCAGAAUUCUUUGACAAGUUCAUAAUCUCAAUGGAUAGUUUUGAGAAAUGUGAGUAGUCAUGGUUGGUAUUUAGAUGUAUUAAAUCUGAAUGCUUAUGACUUUUCUUCCACUGAGCCAGGGAAGAUGGACCUAUGGCACGAAACACAAGCACAGCAUUAUUAUUUUUUUUAAUAUCUAUAUUGGAGAGAAACUUUGAAGUCACCAUAGCAGUUUGUAUCAUGCAACUAAUCUUGAUAGCCCCUAGACAAUAUAGGACUAUUCUGCUAAGCAGAGAGGAGCAGUUAUUUGGCCUUUCUGUUCCAUUGUAUGCCUUUUUUUCUUCUCUUUCUAAAGUUCUAUGCGUAAAGCUUCAGAUUGACAAUCCCCGCUGCCUGAGAUGUUCCAUUGUCCAUAGACAUUGCAGUAGAGCAAACUCAGAUUUAAGGAAACAUUUAAAUCUCUUUAUUAAGAAUGCCAACAAGGGGGUGGGGGUAAGAGGGAGCCCCUGAAGGUAUAGACUGGUCAGACUGGUCUGUGUCCAGCCGACCCUUUCUUUAGUCAGGAAGUGGCAUCUGCCUCUGGAGUCUGCCAGCCAGAAAAUGAUCCCCGGGUGACAUGCAAUCUGUGGAAAGGAAUAAACUCUAACAGUGCAGCAUAGUCAGAGUGUUCAAUGUAGUGCAGUUGCUCUAUAUUUUAGAGAAACCCAGUGUUAGUCCUUAAAAAAAUUUGACUGAUAAAGUAAAUGUAGGUUUAAAAUGCCAAACAUACUUUUUAGUUUGAGAUAAGUGCUUUAUUAAGUAAUACUACAGUUUCUCUUUUUCCCCUUGCUUUCAAAAGGCUUUUAAAAUUGUCUUUAAAAAUAAGGUCAGUCUGGUGUAGAUUUCUGAACAUAAGACUGAUAGGGUUUCUAAAAGAAGUUGCUGAUAAAAUUAGAUCUUUUGUGCACUUCCAGAAAAGGACUAUUUAUAUUUGAAUUUCAUAACAGCCUUACAUUUCUUUUUUUUUUUUUCAUCUGUUGAUUCCCUUGUAGACUUGCAUAAUUUAAUCCUGUCCAUUGUUCCAGAUCUCUUGUGGCUACUUAACCUUCUGCUUUUUAAAGAUUUUGUUAUUUUUAUAGUUACCUGUGGGUCAAAGGAAAUACGGUAUUUUUAUUCACUUCUUUACGUGUUUCAAAAGCUUAUUUCAUCCAUUCUUCAUUUCCUGUUGUCACAUAGUUCUAUUUUAACUUAUAUAUUUAGUGUUUUAAGUAUUUCCUUGUGUUAUUCAACAUGAUAAUAAAUCCUUACCUAAAGAGAAGACUAUUUUACUUUAUUCUCCUUAAACAUAAAGGAAGGGUAGUUCAUUGGGAGGAUGCCAAGUGACUGGCAGAGAACAUGGGAAGGGGGAACAGAUGUGGCGCUGCAUGAAUGAAGAGAGGCCAGCCGGGUGUGGCUACAGCCUGACUAGGACACCAUUGUCAAGGGCGCCCCCGUGGACAGUGUAUUAUAAAUAUCGUCCUACAAGUGGGUAAGUUGCCAUCAGUUUUCCAAGAAAUGCUCUCCCAUUGGCGGCAUAAUGUCUACAUUUCAGAGUCCUGAUGGUAUUUUUCCUUUCACUUCUUAGGUUUUUCUCUAAAAAUGUCACCCAAGGUUUUGUUUUGUUCAAUGGAAUCAAGGUGAAUUUCUCAUCCUACUAGCUUAGAUAGAUAAGAAGCAGGCAUCUCUAUGGAAUAGAGCUUAAUUUGAGCCUCGGGAUUUUUGCUUUUCUCCUCAGUUAUUUUCUGAAUGGAUAAAACUACUCUGAUUUUGGAUGCAGCAGCUUUCCCUCUGGGAAGGGGGCACUAAGGACUUUCAUCAGCAGCUUCCCUUGUGUGUUAGAUUGUGAGGAGCCCAGACCACUCCUGUGAUCAGUUAAGGGGCAGCAGCCCAUCAUCUGGGGGUUAGGGAUGUGCCUGUGUGUGUGCACAUACCUGCUGGAACCAUGCAUGCUCAUAGCAUAUGCUCUAUGGGCAGGUGCUUUUAAUUCUGAGGGGAGCUUUCCCACCACACCUGCAUAUGUGGAGCAGAGUUGCAGCUAGACUUUAGAAAUCAGGGCAUAAUAUUUCUGUUCACAUUUUAUUCAUGGCUUUUUAUUCAGUCCCCAAAAUGGAGCACCAUCUGGUUCACUUUGUAAGUAGAAAAACAAAACAUUCAAAAACAAAAACCCACCUGGUAUUUUUGUUUUUUAUAUCAAGGCCCUGACGAACAGUAAGCAUCCUCCCUAUGGAGCUUGAGAGAUACUUCCAGACCCUACUGGAAGGGUAGGGUUCCCAAAUUGCUCUCCUUCAGUGGCUUGUCAGCCCUUUUCUCCUGAGUAGGAACUUUCACUGGCAUGGAGGUAAAUAUCCCCUUUUUUGGCCCCCCCUUUUUUGGCUAAAUUGGCACUGGGGAGAACUAUAGGAGUACCCAGUAGCGGGGAGAAAGGCACCUGUAGUUUUCUCCCUUUGGCAACAGGGCGUGAUUAUACAACUUUAGUAAUCACUGAGAUAUUGGUCCUCAGGUGUGUUUCAGGAUGGAGAGGAGAUAGAAGGCAGCCCUUGGGAGAUCAGAGGGCAUUCAGCCCUGGCAUAGGAGUGGAAUGGAGACCCACAUGAACUCAGAAGCCAGGUAUGCAGAAGGUGGUCACUGGGAGUCUGGUGGAGGCAGAGGGGCUCCUAGAGGGCCAACAACAGACCUAUCUGCUCUGCAGUUUUACUGAGUGGUUGGCUCUGUAAAUACUUCUUGGGCCAGUCCCAAAUGGGCCAGUCAUUCUUGCCUGCUGUGUCCCUGCUGCAUUGUUCAUAAAACCUGUAUCCUACUGAGAGGUGCUUAGAGGCUGGCAGGGUUUUUGCUCCAGGGCAUCCUUAUUUUGUGUUUUUAGAUAUCCUUGAAAUCAAAACCAGAGAAAAUGUAGGGUAUUUUUUUUUUUUUUUUUUUUACAAAAAGGCAUACAAUGAGACUAGCGAUCUUAAGAUAACGCACUUACAAAAUCAUCAAUAAAGUUUUCAAAGAAUUUAUGAAGGAAGGGACAUUUUCCUCUCAAGUUAAAAAGUUUCAGAGGUGGAUUUUUGUGUUUUAAUGUUCCAAGUUCUAAAAUAAUGCGAAUAGCCCCCAAUCUUUAAACACAAGCGGUGCUAAGUUAUACUAGAUAACAUACUACGGAAAGUGCUGAUAUGAAUUAACAAUUUAUCCAGUAAUAAUACAAGAGUUCUUGCUAAAUUACACAUGUGUAUCACUGCCUGAUUAGAAACCCCACUUUUCUUUUCAAAUCCAGCACAAUAUCCAACUGUGAUUCUAUAGCCAGUGUUUUUAAUGGGCAAAAAAGACCCAACACCUUUGUUUUGUAAAAACUUUUUUUUUAAACACUAACUUCAAAAGUGCUUAACAAAAGGUUUAUUCAGGAUAAUUAAGCAUGUAUGUCCUUUUUUUAAUCUGCUGGAAGAGACAUGCCUCUCCAAUCUAGCAUCCCAAAAAGACAACUUCUUUUAGAAACAGCAUUUACCUAAACAUAGCAGUCUAUAUGUUAGCCAAGGUAGGUCUGCGCUAGUGUUUCCCACAAUCCUCAUCUAUAUGGGGUGAUGUCCAUCAACAGCGGAAGCCACUUCGUAGGGAAGUGUUCAUAGCAGCAUGAUUUCACUUUUGGUAACCAAGGAAUCCUGUGUAUAUACCUAAGAUUGGCUUCAUUUUAAUAUAUUCUCUGCUCCUCUGCACUUCAGGUUCUUAAGCUAUUUUACAAAUAACUGGGUUUUGGCAAUCACCAACUGAUAUGUAUGUGGCAACUGCUUUCCUGAGCAACCGUGAUGUGUUCGAUGGCUGUUCAAGUUACUAACUUGUUCUUAUAUUGUAGGUAAACAAAGUCUUACUGUUUUUAAAGGUCACUGUAACUUGUUCAAAUUUCUGGCACAAUUUUAUUAGUAAUUCACUUCUGAAGCUAAAAAGAUACAAGUUUUCUAUGUUACUCUCAUUGUAACAUCAAUAAAGUGACUUUCAAUAAAAGAUUUUAUGUUAUUUUGA